AUGUCAUCUCCGGAUGAAGCAAGUGAACCAAAGGAGAAUGAAGAAUAUGGCAAUUGCGUUGAUGGUGCUAAUGAUGAAGUCGAACUGAAAUUUGGUUUGUACGUGGAAAAUGAACAUGCCGUGUUGAGAAAUGUGUCCGAGGAUGAGUUCGAUUUCGAUUCCGCCUUUAGUUCCGAGUCGAACCAGGGGCUCACGGAUGAAAGCACUAUCGAUCAGCACGACGAUAGUACCAUGCCGGACGGAUUGGUGGAGCGCGACCGCUUGAAAUCACUGGAGGACGAACACGAAGUGUUAUCCUCAAAUCUGAUUGCCUUAACAUCACACUUUGCUCAAGUGCAGCUUAGGUUGAGGCAAAUUGUUGAAGCUCCAGCACAAGAACGGGAUGGGUUGCUGAAAAACCUCGAAGAGUUCGCCUUUCUUGGCAUACCUGAAAUACAGCAGAAUCCGGUAAAGCAGAACAUUCCCGAGAUUGUCGCAAAUCUCGACCGAAGUCCCGAGUCGGUGGAAAAUCUCCGCGAAAAGCAGCAAGAACUUAUAGAGCAGCUCAAAUCGCAGCUAAUGGAUCUUGAACGCUAUGCGUACGAGUCUGGAGCCGGUAUCCUUCCGCAAUCGAUACUCCUUGAGAAGCAGAAGGUGAUAAUUGAGGAGAUAAAGAAAAAAAUCAAUCUAAACCUAAAUGAGCUGGAUUUGCCGCAGCUCACCUCGGAGGACUUGCGGCAGCAGGUGGAUAGCGCACUGGAUGAACUGGUCAAUCCGCUGAAAAUGAAAGAACAGUUGGUAACGCAGCUUAAGACGCAAAUCCAAGACCUGGAGCGUUUUAUAAGUUUUUUGCAGACGAACGAGAAGGCAGAAAUCAAAAAGCGUUUCUUCGAGCAACAGCAACAGCAGGAGAAACAGCAGAAUCAACUGGGAGUAGGUGGUUCUAAGGAUAAUCGCCGAUCGCAGAACGCCGCUGAUCGUCGAACACUUUCGAAAACGGAGACCGAACGCUGUCCAUCAAACAAUGUUACCAGUACAAGCCAGGCAGCAACCAAACGAGAAUCGUUCAACAGCAAGGCUUUCGGUUUGAUGGAUAAAGCUGGCACGUUGCUGCAAAUGUUCGCUUUAUCGCAAUUCAAUUGCGGAAGUGAUCGAAACAACGACGCUCACUACCAAACGAAGAUGAUGGCUCGAACGCGUCAAAACUGUUGGGGUGAUAUACGGGCGAGGUUGGAGUACGACGUCCAAGAGAUCGCCUCCUUGGCACUGACCUUGCAAGAGGAACUUCCGAUCAGAGAAACGGACCAAAAUGAGGACGACGAAGAAGAUCCUACCCGUCCCAACGGUGGUAAUAGAAAAUGUUACGAGCUAACGCUAUUGGUACGUAAACGUUUAUCGAAAACCAUCCAACGGUUAAUGCAACAUGGGCUACGAGGAAUUUCCGAAAGUACGAGCAACAGCCUGGUGCCAUUCAUAUCCGGAUGUUUUUCAUCUACUAGUGGCAGUAGUAAUAGUAGCUCUAGCAUGAACGGGAGAUCGAAUGAGGGAUUCUACAGAUCGGACGUAAGGCGAAAGAGUACUGGAGCUACAACAACUGCUCCGAAAAAACAGGCCACGUCGUGUACGGAGGAUUUAUCCAAUGCGAACAGAGAAGAAAAUAUUUUUUCACAGCUCAACGACGAAGAAGAAGACGAUUUGGAACAACCCAUCGAUAGUGAGGACAUGAUGCAUGCGUGGGAGUUACUACUUGUGUACUACAAUAUUAAAAAUGGCGACCGUUAUAAUUCGACACCGGCAAGAAAACUGUCCGAAAGCUUCAACUUGGACAUUAUCGAUGGCAGACCAUUGUCUAAUAAGCAGAGCCUUCUUAGUACUAUCGGAUCAAUUGUAGCAUUGCAUAGCCCUUACAAGAGAAGUUAUGAUUCGCAAUUUAAGGCGUUCGUUUGUGCAGGAUUGAACGCGCAGAAGUUAACACAAUGGCUGUACCUUAUCUUCCAGUGUAAGGAGCUUGUCAGUUCUCAUUACUCCAGUUGGAGCUAUGUGGCCAACACAGGUUUUCGUGAUGCGCUGAAAACACUCGAUCGCUUAACGCAGUACCAUUUUGAUCUUCCGGUGGACUUAUCGAUUCGUCAGUUUAAAAAUAUCAAAGACGUUUUUAUGUAGGUUUGAUCAGUGUAACGUGGAGACAGUGUACAUUAUUUGUAAUAGUAUGCCGCGUAACACAAUCUUCAUUUCAAAAACAACAUAUUUCCGAUACCUUAAUAGCUAUUUCGUCAUUGUGGGAAAGUUCUUCUGAAUUCCCCUCUAUUUGAAACGAUCUGCAUAACUAACAGCACUGUUAUUUAAGUUACAAUUGCUAUCGAUACCUUACAACAUAGAACUAUUUGUUCGGAAAGAUACAUUUUAUGGAAUAUUCUUUCAAAUAUCGUUGUUUGUCCGUAAGACAUGGUGUAUAUGCAGAAGUAUUUGAAAAUGUGAUGGAGAAUGAAAGCUGUUAAAAAUAUCAAUAAACACAGGACC